AUGGUAACCUGCACUCAGGCUGGGAUCCGCAAACCCAACUUGAAGUAUGCCCACUAUCACACUGUUGUUGACUUUCCCAAGGAACCAAAGAGAAUACGCUCUGCCCUUAACCAUGCUGGCUGGAAUAAAGCACUGCAAGAUGAGAUCCAAGCUCUCGAAGACAACAACACUUGGACACUCGUGCCUCGUUCCCCUCACAUGGAUGUUAUUGGUUGCAAGUGGGUCGUCAAGACCAAAAUCAAUGCCGACGGUACUGUCAAUCGGUCAAAAGCUCACCUUGUUAUCAAGGACUUCCACCAAACUGAUGGUGUCAAUUAUAAUCAAGCUCGGCACUAUCCGGAUCAUUCUCAGUAUUGCCCUUGCUCGCCAUUGGGAUAUUCGCCAACUAGAUGUCAAGAAUGUCUUCCUCUAUAUUGA